CAAACAAAUACUGUGGGACCAUGAGAUGUUUAUGUUUGAUCGGAUGGGGAGUGAAACAAGCCCUGAAAAGCCAUUAAAGGAAGUUGCAAAGAAACUUGGGGCAGUAUAACUGUAACAAGCAUAACGUGCGAUUCCGCUUGAUUUGUUUCUUUGGUUCUUUUUGUUCACCAGCGGUGAAUUUGAUAGUAUCGGCCCUCUUCUCUUCACCCCGAACAGCUCAAUCGUUUGUGACCAUUCCAGACUACAAGUUUCUUUCUUCAUUCCCGAAUCCCAGUUUUUUUAUUGUACCGGAUCGGAUCCGAGAUUUUUGGUUGAAGAAAAAUGGCUGCAUCGCGGCGUCUCCGAGAAUUGCAAUCGCAGCCGGGGAACAAGAUCUGCGUCGAUUGCUCCCAGAAGAAUCCGCAGUGGGCCUCCGUCUCCUACGGAGUCUUCAUGUGCCUAGAGUGCUCCGGUAAACACCGUGGCCUCGGCGUUCACAUUUCUUUCGUUCGAUCCGUCACCAUGGACUCCUGGUCCGAGAUCCAGCUCCGAAAAAUGGAGCUAGGGGGAAACGAGAACUUCAAUUCCUUCAUGUCUGGAUACGGAAUCUCAAAAGAGACUGAUAUUGUCACCAAGUACAACACGAAGGCCGCAUCGGUUUACCGGAACAGGAUCCAGUCCCUUGUUGACGGAAAGCCCUGGAGGGACCCGCCUGUGGUGAAGGAAACUCUCAAGGACAAGGUUGGCAAUAGCAGUUGUAAGCCGCCCUUGGGUGGUGGGGGUAGAAAUGGAAAUGUUGCUGGCAAUUCAGGUUGGGACAGUUGGGACGACGAUGGAGGGUUUAGCAGCGGGAAUACUCAGAGCAGUAAUAUGCGUAGGAAUCAAACGGUGGGAGAUUUCAGGAGUGGUGCGGGGAAUGGAGGUGGUCCUGCCAGGUCGAGGUCAACUGAGGAUAUCACCCGGGCACAACUGGAGGCCUCAGCUGCGAACAAAGGCAAUUUUUUUGCAAGGAAAAUAGCAGAGAAUGAGUCCCGUCCCGAGGGAAUCCCUCCAUCUCAAGGAGGAAAGUACGUUGGAUUCGGAUCCAGCCCUGGAUUGCCUAGGAAUAACAAUAAUCCUCAAGCGGAUGUGCUUUCUGCCGUUUCUCUGGGAUUUGGUAGAUUAUCAGUGGUAGCUGCCUCAGCUGCCCAGUCGGCUGCUAGCGUGGUUCAGGCAGGGACAAAGGAGAUAGCUUCAAAGGUGAAAGAUGGGGGUUAUGACACCAAGGUAAAUGAAACAGUGAACGUGGUCACGGCAAAAACUACUGAGAUUGGUCAAAGAACCUGGGGGAUCAUGAAAGGGGUACUCUCCUUGGCAUCCCAGAAGGUUGAGGAAUAUACCAAGGAGGGAAACCCCAACUGGAAAAGCGACGGCUGGCAAAGAAAUGAACACGAGAAGAGUGAAACUUACCACCAGGACUCUAAAGGUUGGAAUUCCUCCUCAGCUGUUGUCCCCCCAGCUUCGUGGGAUGAUAACUGGGACAGCAAAGGCAGUAGUCGUAGCAGGAGAGAGGAGACUACAAAGGAAACAAGUGCUGCUGCUGCUGUUUAUAGUGAUGACUGGGCAGGCUGGGAUGAUGGUAAAGAUGAUGAUGUUGCGCAGGAUAGGUUUUACCAAAGUGCACCUGGGAAUCAGCAGCAUGCAGGGGGAUAUAGUGGUAAAUCAGAAGGUAAUUGGGGUGAUGGAGGGUUCAUCUGAACUCUCUCUGUACAAGUUUUCCCUUUCAAAUUUAAUCCCAUCCACAAGUUUUUGUGCAAGGGUUUGCAUUCUGGCUGGAGACUAAAAUUGCUGCCAAUGUGAUGGACCAAUUACUUCCUAGUUCGUCCCAGUUUGUUUGGUAAACAAUGAGAAAAAGGCACAUGAUAUUGAUGAUUGUAUGUCUGUUUGGGAGGAUCAUUGUUCGUGCGAGGUGGGGUUUGGUUUCACUUUUUUUGCCUAAAAAUCAUAUUUGGAUGUCUUGUAUGAUAGUCCCUCCAUUUUUUUUUAUUAUUGAAUUUUUACUGUUGUUAAUGUUACCGGCCUAAAUGACUUGUGCUUUAUUGCAUGUAAUUCAUAAUUGUGGCUUAUAAAAGGGAUACAGUUCUGAAACCAGACCGGAUCUGGAAACGCUUUAUGAAGACUUCAACAAGGAUUAACAUUUGACACUA